AUGAAACAUUAUUAUGCUUCAAAUUAUCCACCAUUUGAACCAUCACCCUAUGAAUUAAUUUUCAUUAAUUAUAGAACAACAGAAGAAACAUUAACUCAAUUAAUUAAAAUUAUUAAUUCAUCUACAUUAUUUAUCAUGGAUACAGAAUCUGUAAGUGUAUAAAAAAAACCCAAUAAAUCAGCACUUAUUCAAGUACAAAUUAUCACACAUGAAUUAAAUUCCUACAUAUUAGUUAUUGAAGUUUAUCAUCUUCCACGACCACACGUUUCAACUUUUCCAUUAAUUCAACAACUAUUCGAAUCAUUUUUUCAAACAAAAAAUACAAUUUACAUAUGGGGUGAAAUUGAUGAACUGAUAAAAUUUACUGAAUUUAAUUUAUUCUCAUCUGACCAAAUUUAUUUAUCACACAAUAUCAAUUUACAAAAGGACUUUAAAUUAUAUUGGUAUGAACAUCGUCCACAUAUUCCAACAUCA